AUGUCACUACAACGGACUUGGGGGCGAGUUGUAGGAGCACUUCGCGGAAGCUCUCACGCGGACUCUGGUGAAGCCGAUGUUGUCCUGGAGAAGCUUGAGACGUGCUACAACGUUCUACUCAAGGCGGAAACGGGUCCCAUCCCACCCGAUGUUUUGUGUCAGCUCCCUGUAUCUCUGUCCAUGGUGAGUCGUGAGUCCAUGGCAUGCGCCAACAACAUCAAGUUCUUUGUCCCGUGGAGUGAGGAGGCCCUGGAGCGCCACCCAAGGAAUCUCGCGCCGGGGCCGGAGAAUGUCAGGCUUUCGAGAACGGAGAAGAUAUUGAAAGACGGCUCGCAAUACUUCAUUGGCAUUGGGGCUUGGCAUACAUAUCGGUGGGCGUCUCAUAUGUCUUCUCGACUGGUAGAAGAGGUGGACAUUGCCCCUCGAAUGGGAACGGAGGACAAUAGACGUCCAUUGAAGAGCUUAACUGGCUGGAGGCACUCCGAAGCCAUUCCCGAUGAACCCACCCUUCCACAGCCAUGGUUCUAUAAAAGAGAUUCAUACGACUGGCACCCGGACUUCUACUGGACCUUGCGCGGCAACACGUACCCACAUAUAAAAAUCACGAUGCACCACGGCGUCGAUGGUGUGGAUGGUGUGCUGUUGAGAGAGGAGCUCCUGGUGAUCAUCGUCGUGAUGAUCAGUCGGCUGGAGAGCGAGAACUUUCGACAGCAUGUCAUUGUUCCUAUUAUGAUGUUUUCAUUUAUGGGAACCCGUCAUGGUCGCAUACUUCUCGCCCAUUGCACUCAAGACGGUCUUGUUAUCGAGAUGUCGGCUCUGUAUCCCUUUCUAGUUGGAGAAGAGGAUUGGUGCAGCUCGCUUGCUUUAUUUACGCGCUUUCUCGCAGCUGGCCCCUCGCGUGCGGAUACGACUCGCCUUCCUGCUAGCGUUGAUCUAGCUUGA